AUGACUGAAGCUCAGAACUUCACUUCUAUCAAGGAAUUCAUUUUGCUGGGCCUCACCAGCCACAGAAAAUUCCAGCUUCUCCUCUUUGGGGUCAUUCUCAUUAUCUACUUGUUUACAGUUUCAGGGAACCUGCUGAUCAUCGUAUUGGUGCAGGUCGAUUCACACCUGCACACACCCAUGUAUUACUUUCUCUCACAUCUUGCAUGGGUAGAUAUGUGUUACGUAACCACCACCAUGCCUCUUAUGUUGACUCAGCUCCUGACUGGAGAUGGAGCCAUUUCUGUAACAUUCUGCAUGGUUCAGAUAUACAUUACAGUGACCUUAGGAGGUGUUGAGAUUCUCCUAUUGGGGGUCAUGGCCUAUGACCGCUACCUGGCCAUCUGCUGUCCUUUACUCUACCCUGUUCUCAUGGACAAGAGCUGCCAGUUGCAAUGUAGCUCAACAUGUUGGAUAACAGCUCCUCUGGUCUGUGUGAUUUACAUUGUCUGCCUUCUUUGCCAAAAUUAUUGUGGCCCCAAUCAGAUCAAUAACUUCACAUGUGAGAUGCCAAUGGUGCUGAAACUUGCAUGUGGUGAUACCAGAAUUGCCAAGAGCAUUAUUUUUGGUAUAGGAGGAUUUUUCCUUUUGGUUCCCCUUUCUAUUGUGUUGACCUCCUAUGGAUUUAUUCUUCAUUCUGUCUUACAAAUGAAGUCCAGUGGCUGGUGCAAGGCUUUCUCUACCUGUGGCUCCCAUCUUAUUGUGAUCUCCAUGUUUUAUGGCCCUUUGCUUUGGGUCUACAUCAUUCCAAAGACUGACUCAGCUGCUGAUCGCGAUAAACAGAUUGCAGUCUUCUACGUUUUGAUCACCCCUCUGCUCAACUCUGUCGUUUACACCCUGCGAAACAAGGACUUUCAUAGGGCAGUAGCCAAGAUCUUGUGA